AUGGAAUGUCAGGACCAUGUACGAGACAGGCAAGAUGAAGCAGGUAUCUGCCGAGAUGAAGAAGAACAACCUGAUCAUACUGGGCAUCAGCGAAACCAGAUGGACACAAGCCGGACAGAGGAGACUGAUGUUAUGUUGUCCAAGCAAGCACAAAGGGCACUGAUUGGAUGGGAGGCGCACGGCCCCAGAAUCAUCACAGCAUCCUUCAGAAUCAAGCAGAAGAAGGUGAAGCUCAACGUCAUCCAGAGUUACACUCCAACCAAUGAUUCCGAUGAAGAAGACAAUGACGAGUUUUACAAUAGACUGCAGAAAAUCGUAGAGACAUUCCGAGCCAGAGAAAUCAUCAUCCUUAUGGGAGACUUCAACACCAAGAUUGGACCCGACAACACAGGAUAUGAACAAGUCAUAGGGAUACACGGGCUGAGAGUGAUGAAUGAUAAUAGGGAGAGAUUUGCGGAAUUGUGUGCGCUCAACAACCUGGUCAGUGGAGGUAGCAUCUUUUCUCACAAGCUGAUCCACAAAAACACCUGA